CUUCUAUCAUCAAUAUCUGAUCUUUAGUGGGGGUUUUUUUUUCCUCUUCCUUGUUGGUCUUUCCUAAUUGUUGUUGGAAAUAAAUUUACGUCCUUGCCCAAUUUUGUGCCAACAUGCAGGCAAACUCAGCGUCUGGGAUGGCAGUGCAUGACGACUGCAAGCUCAAGUUUUUAGAACUAAAAGCCAAGAGGAACCACCGCUUCAUUGUGUUCAAGAUCGACGAGAAAAUCCAACAGGUAACAGUAGAGAAGCUCGGCUCUCCAACUGCUUCGUACCAAGACUUCACCGACUCCCUUCCUGCCAACGAGUGCCGCUAUGCUGUAUUUGAUUUCGAUUUCACCACCAAUGAGAAUUGCCAGAAAUCCAAAAUCUUCUUCUUUGCAUGGGCCCCGGACACAUCCAGAGUGAGGAGUAAGAUGCUCUACGCAAGCUCCAAGGAUAGAUUCAAGAGGGAAUUGGAUGGCAUCCAAGUGGAGUUGCAAGCCACAGAUCCUGGUGAAAUGAGCCUUGAUAUCGUUAAAGCUCGAGCCCUCUAAUUUAUAAAAUGGCUUCAAUUUCCGGAACAAGGGCAAACAUUGAAGCUUUGAAUGACUAAUUUCCUUUAUUCCUCACCACCCAAACCAAUUAAAUACUUGUUCAAAUGUCUUCAACAAUUUUAUCCA